AUGAAGCUGUCUGCUGCUUUUGUGAAACAGCUUUGGUUGACCGUCGCAGCCUCCUUGGCGUUUCUAAUCAUAGGUCUUGUACGAGGGUACUCUUCAUCAGCCUUACCAUCAAUAGAGCUCCAUGAUCCACGCCUGAUACAGAGUAGUGAACAAAAAUCUUGGAUAGGUUCAAUUACACCACUUGGAUCCUUUCUGGGCAGUUUAUUCUCCGGACCUCUAAUGCAUCAUGCGGGUAGACGAAGAACUCUGCAGCUUACCGCCCCGUUGUGGGCAGCUGCUUGGCUGAUACUGGGGUUUGCUCCCAACUUUCCCAUGGUGCUGUUGGGAAGAAUUAUGUCUGGACUCGGUAUUGGUCUUGUGCUUGCUCCAACGCAGGUCUAUGUGAGCGAAUGCUGUGACCCUGAAAUCCGCGGGCGCUUCGGUUCUCUGCCGACCCUGUCCAUGUCGCUGGGCAUCCUUAUCUCCUACGUUGCAGGGACCUGGCUGUACUGGAGACAUCUCGCCUUCCUUUCAGCUACAUUUUGUGCUGGACUAUUUGUGGUAUUAAUACCAUUGCCGGAGUCUCCUGUUUGGUUGGAAACCCAGGGUCUAGAUAAUGAAGAUGCUAUAAAAUGGUUGCAUUUGUCCAAACACGCCGUCGCUGCUGUAAAAGAUGAUAUAUCUGAACCUGUAAAAAGUAUUUCUGGCGAUACACAAAAGCCAGCCGAAGCACCGCCGAAGAGUCUGUUCACGCGCGAUGUAUUUUUUUCGUCUUCCGUGAAGAAGCCACUGGUUAUUGGGUUCGCGUUGCUCUUCCUUCAGCAGUUCAGUGGUAUUGACACCAUCAUUUACUUCACCGUUGAGAUUUUCCAAAACGCAGGAAGCACCUUGAACCCUAUGAUCGCUACAAUAAUCGUGGGCGCAGUGCAAUUGUUCAGCAAUGGAGUCAGCACAAUGCUGGUAGACCGAGCUGGCAGACGACCGCUAUUACUUCUGUCUUCUGUGACCAUGUGCAUUUCUAUGGUGUCUAUGGGCGCUGCUUUUUACUUUGAGUUUGCAAAUGCAUCGUGGUUAGGAUACCUUCCCAUCAUAAGCCUUGUGGUCUUUAUGUUGGGCUUCUCUCUUGGUUUCGGCGGUCUCCCCUUCUUGCUAUUGGGCGAACUCUUCCCCAAGCACUACAGAUCACAAUUAUCAGCGAUGGCCAGUGCAGUCAACUUAUCGUCCAUGUUUGUGGUCUUGAAGUCUUAUCACCCUUUAGAGCAAGUGAUAACGUCAGCUGGGACGUUUUGGAUGUACGCUGCCUUUUGUGGCCUGGCAUUCUUCUUUGUCAUGUUCUUCGUUCCCGAGACGAAGGGAAAAUCGUUAGCCGAAAUCGAACAGCACUUCUUAGGUAAAAAACAAGAGACAAUUCAGUUACAAAAUGUUCAAACUAAAUUCUAA